AUGGAUGUUUGCCAGUAUUUGAAUAUCCCAUGGGGCUAUCACUUUCGUCCUGGAGACGAUGAGUUGGUUAAAUAUCUGUACCAAUAUGAGGCGGGGGGGCCUGAACCUUCUGAAGAGCUGAUUCGUAAAGAGGAUAUCUUUGGUGACAAAGAACCAUGGGAGUUAUUUCGAUGUAAUUCUGGUGAGAAAGUGCAGUAUUUCUUCACUCAAUUGAAGAUGAAGGCAAAGAAGUCCAUGGAGGGAUCGAGGUUUGAGCGUACGGUGGGAAAGAAGGUCAACGGGAAGAGACCUGGGACCUGGCAUGGGCAAGAUAAAGGAAGCCCUGUUUUGGUCAAUUCAAAUGGUGCGCUACUGGGCUAUAAGCGCAGUUUCCUUUACAAAAACGAGAAUGAGAAGGACCACCAUAAGAAGUGGCUACUGAAAGAAUUUUAUUUGUGUGAGGACUUGAUAAAAAUUCUGAGUGAAAAAUAUCCAACUAGUUUUUCCCAGAGAAAAAGUUUUGUUUUGUGUGCGCUGAGAAAGAAGGAAGAUGAAGAAACUAAUACGAGGAGCAGGAUGGAAGGCGUUGGAGUCGAGAUGGCAUUAGAAUUCUUAGAGGACGAUACGAGUGAGGCAAUGAGACCUCUGACGGAAUCCAGAUGA